AACAGAUCAAAGCGGGCAAAACAACCGUUGGCGUCCACCGAGCAACAUUGCAAAAAGCAUAGCAAGAUCAUUCUUUUCAAACAUAACCUAAAAGUCGAUUCAGUUUAUUUUAUACCACAAAAUGGCGCUUUCUACUCUGCUUUCCCUGGUCGACGAGCUGCAGGAGCCCCGCAGCCCCAUCUACGAGUUUGGCCUGGGCAUGCAUCCGCAUUCCCGCCACCUCAUCGCGCCCCAGCGUCACUCCAUCAACGGCUGUCCUUGCGCCUCACCAAUGUGUGCCGCCUCGCCGACGGGCCAAGUGCUGGCCGCGCGCCGCCAGAUGGCCAAGAACAACGACAUCCACUGGCCCGUGACUCAUGUGGGCAAGGAGGGAUUCCAGGUGUGCAUGGAUGUGGCCCAGUUCAAGCCGAGCGAGCUCAGCGUCAAGGUCGUGGACAAGUCCAUCAUGAUCGAGGGCAAGCAUGAGGAGCGGCAGGACGAUCACGGCCACAUCAUGCGUCACUUUGUGCGCCGCUACCAGGUGCCACAGGGCUACGAGCCGGAAAAGGUCGUCUCGCAGCUGUCCUCUGACGGCGUGCUCACUGUGAGCAUCCCCAAGCCGGUGCCCAUCGCAGACAAGUCCAAGGAGCGACUCAUCCAGAUCCAGCAGGUGGGACCCGCCCAUCUGAAUGUCAAGCAGAAUGCCGUCGAUGAUAAGGGCAAGGAGAAUGGCUCUGCCAAUGGCAGCUCCAAGUGGCAGGGCCAACUUGCCCGUCUCGUGGACACGGAUCAUACGCUCGCCCGGACUGUAGUACUUGGAUGGAGGCGGUGGCGGUGCCUUGAUGGUGAGGAUGCCAUCCGUGGAUAUGUCCGAGAUCACCUCAUUGGCAUUGUAGCCGCGCGGCAGGAGGUAUUUCCGCACAAAGUGGCGCUCCACCAGGCCGUUGGAGCCUUCGCUCCGUCUGUUAUGGUUGCCCUGGACUAUGACAUAGUCGUCGUUGGUCUUGACCACUAUCUCGUGCGGAUGGAACUGCCGCACAUCGAUAUCCACGCGGAAUCCCUUCUCGUCCACGUGCACCCGCUCGCCGGAGUAGUAGUUGUCCCACCGCAUGGGAUAGGCCCAAUCGUAGGGAUUGGAUUGUAUCAGCUGGUUCCGCACGCGGCGCGUCACCAACUCGUCCAUGGGCCGCAACAGGUCGCUCCUGCUGCUCUGGUGGGCGGGCCACCAGGCUCGCGGAUCGUCCCAGAGGUACGGAUACAUCUGGAAGUCAUGACCGGGUGGCCUCGCCCGAUGUCGGAUGCAUCGCCGGAUGCGGAUGGGGAUGGGACAGCGAUGACUCAUCCCAGCCGAUGCGCCUCGGCUCGGGCCAAGUGCACCGAGAGCCGCGAGAAGGCCAACGAGACACACACGAGCGUGGCCAAUUGGAUCCGCGUCAAGUGGCGUCUACGUCACCUAGGAAAACCAUUGGGUCCGGCCUACUACUUGCUGGUUCCGAUGGUUUCCUCCUCCGCCUGGCCAGCGGUUUUCAUGGCCGGGGCGUUAGACACCAUCGCUGCUCAGGCUGGAGGUGACUUUGUCGCCCUCGUAACCCUGCGGCAGAACAAAGCGCCGCAUGAAAUGACGCGAGCUGUAGCCUCCGGCGUCACCUUCCUCCUGCUGCUCGGCCUUGCCCUCGACCAGGACAACGCUCUCGUCCAGCACCUUGACCUUCAACUCGGUGUAGUCCUUUACGUCCAGAGUCAGCUGGUAUCCAUCCUUGGUGACGGUGGCCGGAGGGGCGAACUCCCGCUCCUGCCAUCGCGCGAUUUGCUGCCAAAAAACCUCGAGAAAAUGCCAGACAUUCCGUUUCUCUUGAACCUUGACUCGCCCGACUCCAUGUACUAUGGCCACGACAUGUUCCCCAAUCGCAUGUACCGCCGCGCGCACUCCCGUCAGCAUCCGGAGCUGGAUCUUCACACGCUGGCAUUAGUUGCCCGGAUGGGUGCCCAUGCUCAUCAUCUGGUGGCCAAGAAGCGCAGCGGCGAGUUGGCCGCAUUGGGCGGCGCUCGUUCAUUGGACAAGAAGGGAAACUUUGAGGUAAAUCUCGAUGUGGGUCUCUUUCAACCUGGCGAGCUGUCCGUCAAGCUGGUCGACGACUGCAUUGUGGUGGAGGGCAAGCAUGAGGAGCGCGAGGAUGAUCACGGACAUGUGUCGCGUCACUUUGUGCGGCGCUAUCCGCUACCCAAGGAGUUCGAUUUGGAUGCAGUGGCUUCCACAUUAACUGAGGACGGCGUCCUCACCAUAACCGUGCCGCCUCUGGUGUCCCAGGACGAACCAAGGGAGCGCGUCAUAACCAUCAAGCACGUGGGCCCGUCCGAUCUCUUCCUGAAUGGCAAUGGCCAAAAGGAGCAGUCAGCCUCGCCUCCCUCCGAGGCCAAGUAAACAGCUUAGCCAAACAAAAACUAUCGCGCCAUCGGCCUCCAAGUGAUUUCCCAAGACUCCCUUAUUUUUGUCGUAGCACUAAAAAGACGCAAAUUUAUGCACCAAAUCGUAUUUAUUCACUAAUUACCAACUACAUUUUAAAGCCCAAUUAAGCCCAAUUUUAAAUCUUAUUAAAAUUCAUUAUUAUUAAUAAAGGAAUAUAACUGUC